GCUCAAGUCUGAUGAAUUUACUGAAUAAACAUUGUGGAUCUAAAUGUUUUUCCUCAUAAUCCUGGAAUAUCGGACGGCCAUUUUAUGACGUUUGCAAUCGCAACAAAUAAUCUGCUCAGACCCCAACUAAGGAUUAUCAAAAAACGCACUAGAAAUUCUCAGGCAAUCCAAAGAUUCAUCGAUGCCCUUCCAGACUCUCUCCACCUACCCAAGGGGAUUGGAAACCCUAACUGGUUUCUACGUGGACAAGUUCCUAGCAGCAUAUUCGUGCAGGAAAAGCAAGCCAACCAACAACUUUUGAUCAAACAUAAUUUUGUCAUAGAAAGAAAAUCAUAAGCUUCCCACAUUGGUAACACCAAAGUCAACGUUUGGUAGCAAGGUCCAGCUAGCCAAAAGAGUUGAGUAGCCAGGCCAGGCCUACUCAACCAUUAUAUAGUCUAUUAUAGUCUCAGUUAAUGAUAUUUGAUGUUCAUUAAUGUUUUAGAUAUGUGUACUAAAUAGCCCUCUACUUUUUUAUUUUCAAGGCACAAACACCAGUGAAUGGAGACAGCACCUGGUUUUGUUCUCUGCCCCCAAGCACUACCUCUGCCCCCAGUACUGGCUGUUCACCAGCCUCAAGCACUACCUCUGCCCCCAGUACUGGCUGUUCACCAGCCUCAAGCACUACCUCUGCCCCCAGUACUGGCUGUUCACCAGCCUCAAGCACUACCUCUGCCCCCAGUACUGGCUGUUCACCAGCCUCAAGCACUACCUCUGCCCCCAGUACUGGCUGUUCACCAGCCUCAAGCACUACCUCUGCCCCCAGUACUGGCUGUUCACCAGCCUCAAGCACUACCUCUGCCCCCAGUACUGGCUGUUCACCAGCCUCAAGCACUACCUCUGCCCCCAGUACUGGCUGUUCACCAGCCUCAAGCACUACCUCUGCCCCCAGUACUGGCUGUUCACCAGCCUCAAGCACUACCUCUGCCCCCAGUACUGACUGUUCACCAGCCUCAAGCACUACCUCUGCCCCCAGUACUGGCUGUUCACCAGCCUCAAGCACUACCUCUGCCCCCAGUACUGGCUGUUCACCAGCCUCAAGCACUACCUCUGCCCCCAGUACUGGCUGUUCACCAGCCUCAAGCACUACCUCUGCCCCCAGUACUGGCUGUUCACCAGCCUCAAGCACUACCUCUGCCCCCAGUACUGGCUGUUCACCAGCCUCAAGCACUACCUCUGCCCCCAGUACUGGCUGUUCACCAGCCUCAAGCACUACCUCUGCCCCCAGUACUGGCUGUUCACCAGCCUCAAGCACUACCUCUGCCCCCAGUACUGGCUGUUCAUCAGCCUCAAGCACUACCUCUGCCCCCAGUACUGACUGUUCACCAGCCUCAAGCACUACCUCUGCCCCCAGUACUGGCUGUUCACCAGCCUCAAGCACUACCUCUGUCCCCAGUACUGGCUGUUCACCAGCCUCAAGCACUACCUCUGCCCCCAGUACUGGAUGUUCACCAGCCUCAAGCACUACCUCUGCCCCCAGUACUGGCUGUUCACCAGCCUCAAGCACUACCUCUGCCCCCAGUACUGGCUGUUCACCAGCCUCAAGCACUACCUCUGCCCCCAGUACUGGCUGUUCACCAGCCUCAAGCACUACCUCUGCCCCCAGUACUGGCUGUUCACCAGCCUCAAGCACUACCUCUGCCCCCAGUACUGGCUGUUCACCAGCCUCAAGCACUACCUCUGCCCCCAGUACUGGCUGUUCACCAGCCUCAAGCACUACCUCUGCCCCCAGUACUGGCUGUUCACCAGCCUCAAGCACUACCUCUGCCCCCAGUACUGGCUGUUCACCAGCCUCAAGCACUACCUCUGCCCCCAGUACUGGCUGUUCACCAGCCUCAAGCACUACCUCUGCCCCCAGUACUGGCUGUUCACCAGCCUCAAGCACUACCUCUGCCCCCAGUACUGGCUGUUCACCAGCCUCAAGCACUACCUCUGCCCCCAGUACUGGCUGUUCACCAGCCUCAAGCAUUACCUCUGCCCCCAGUACUGGCUGUUGAUCGUCCCCCAGCCCAUUACCCACACUGAGUUGCAGUGUAAAAUUAGAAACAAUCUCCAUGCAGGACCUGGGAAGCUCUAUCUUGGGCCCACCUCCAAGACCUACUCCACUAGCUUGCUUCUUACCGAUGCCACAGAGCAGCAGCAGUAGUAGCAGGGGUGUGAGAUGAGAGAAAAGAGCUGCAGACUCAUUCCUUGACACAUCACUCGCAAAGGCAUUGCAAAUGAUUGAAGACAUAUCUCAAGAUGUGGAGAACGUCAUGCACCAAGUCACCAGCUUGUCCCAGAGGGCCCUGGCACCAAUAGCUGAUUUCAUGGAUGAACUCUUACCAAAACUGCGGGAGGAAUUCAAUCACCAGCUGCGUGACUUCAAGAAGAGGAAAUGGACUGCAUGACUGGGACCACAGUGAACAACUGUUGUUCAGACAUCUCACCAGUUAGACACUAGACUCUUACAUUUUAUGCCAUAGACACUUGUUUACAUGUCUGUUCUCAGCAGACACUUGUAUUGUGGUUUACUUUCAGAAGCAUGAAGCAAGAAUAAAUGUUUAUUUGUGUGCUGAAAAA